CUCCCUGGCGCCGGAGGGGGGUGAGAGUUCACAGGUUAGAGGUCGUGCACGCUGCUCGCUCAACGUGCGCGGUUGUGUUGUCGUGCACUGAACGAUCACACAGCAACAUGGCGAAGAAAAGGGGGAACAGGAGCCGCACGGCAGCAGAACCGCCGAGCGAUAAGAAACUCAGGCAAGAUGGCAAACCCCAGAAAGCCAGAGAAGAGGACCACCUCGAACACAUCCCCUUCAGGCUCCGAGAGAUAAUGAAGAGCAAGGAGAGAAUGAAAAGUGGGCCAUUGAAAUCCAAAAAGCUAAAAGAUGCCAUCUUCCCCAAAGGUAAACCAGAGGAGUCCCAGGAUGGAGACAUACCUGUGCCACACUUCAAGAGGGGGAAGCACGAGAGCGUGAAGGGGUAUCUGCAGCGCAUGGAGGCUGAGACAAAACAUGUCCUCUUCCUCACCAAUAACCAGAUAGACAGAAAGCCCGAGCUGGACGCAGACAAACAGGAGAAGUCCGGAGGCAAGUCGGAGAAAAAGAAGGAGUAUGAUAAAGGGAAAAUACAGAGGCUACAGCAGAAAAAGUUGAACAGACAAGAGGCCGAGAUGGAGAAAGAGAUGUUUGUGGAUCAUGUUCCAUUUGGGGAAGUUUCAAUGGCUCCACCGUGUCUAAGCGCCAAACCCAAGAAAGCUCCGGUCAAAUCUCAGAACUCUUCGAAGGGACUGCUCCUCAACUCUCUCCUGGGUAACAAGGUGAUCUCCACAGUUAAGCCCUCUAUGGCCAGAAAGAGGAUCGUGGAGGAGGAGAGGGAGCGAGCAGUGGAGGCCUACCGUCUCCUGAAGAAACGGAAGCAGCAGAACCAGGAGGCCAGAGCUGCCAGCCUGAAAAAUAUCAAAGACUUUGAUUGAUCUCUCAUGUCACUGAAUUCAAGCAGGAAGUGUGAAUGACCGCAGUGAACAUUAAUAUUCAGCCGACUGUAUGUGUCAGAAAGAUGGCUUACCACACUUUAGCUAUCUGUCAGGGAAAGAAGCCUCCACAGGCGACAGUUAGAGGUAAGUUGCACCUCAAUCCCCUGCCUCAUAUUCACUUCCAUGGAGAACUGGAUGCUAUGAUUAGUGUAACUGAUAGCUCAACUAUUAAAUACAUGUAGAUAGUUGGAUUUCAUAUUUUUCUGUUUUCAUAUUUCCAUCUUUAGAUAACCGCUAUGGCAUCAAGUGUGAUGUGAUGGACAAUAAAAAUAAUGUUAUCUCAAGGAAAAUAUAAACCUCUGAUUGUUUUCUGUAGUUCCACUAGAUGGCAGUCUUCAGUGGUUCCAGCUGGUUUCUUACAGUUUGCAUGGAGGACUGAAGGCAAAUGCAGGCUGAAUAAUUGUUGACCUUUUUUGCAUAAAAUGUAUUUUUGGGUUGUACCCCAUGCCAUACAAUACUAUAUAUGCUUGUUAAAACUAAUUUAAAUUGUCUUUUAGCAUAUUUUAGAGUGGAAAUCAAGCACAAUUUUAUAAAUAAAGGAAAACAAAUUAAUUUAACAAA